GCUAUAUUGCAGGGCAUCAUCGUAGAGACAGAACCCGGUGCCUCAGCGUCUCAUAGACUGCCUACCAAGACUCAAUAUUUAAGUUUUCAGUCAAACGACGAGAGCAUAUCAAACGGUGUGUUCGGAGCAUAUGAAUUGAGGCGAAUAAUAUUCCAAACGAAGAUACGAAAAAUGAUGGCAUGCACGGAGAUGAUCACUAUGUGUCUCCAGUCAGCAAAACAGCAGCACCUGUACUCAAAGCAACAACAGCAGCUACUGCAGAGGAACCCUGACCAAGGACUUUCAAUUUUGCAAGACAUCUUUCGCCGCGCUGACAAAAAUGAUGACGGGAAGCUGUCCUUUGAGGAGUUCAAGACAUACUUUGCUGAUGGGGUGCUCAGCACAGAGGAACUGCAGGAGCUGUUCCUCAGCAUCGACAGGCAUCAGAGCAACAACCUCGAAACAGACAAACUCUCCGAUUACUUCUCUCAGCACCUGGGGGAAUACCUGAAUGUCCUCUCCACUUUGGAGAAGCUGAACCAUGCCAUCCUGAAGGCCAUGGACAAAACCAAAGAGGAAUACCAGAGCUCCUCCGUGCUGGGCCAGUUUGUGACCCGUUUCGUUUUGCGGGAGACCGCCAGCCAGCUGCACUCCCUGCAGACGUCGCUAGAGUGCGCUGUGGAGGCCGUGGAAGAGCAGAGCUGCCCGGGAAGGAAGGACGUGAAGAAGCUCGACGACCAGUCCGCACUGAGGAGCACCAGGAGGUGCGGCCGCCGGGCCCAGAAGAGCCUGUGUCUGUCUCCCACCGACCCCUACUCGGGCAUGCUCACCACAGGAGUCGCUGUGGAGCCAGACGACCACUGGAACUCACAGAUCAACAGACUCCAGCAGCUCAUCGACAAGCUGGAGUGUCAGAGCCCGAAACUGGAGCCCCUGAAGGAGGAGGACACAAUAUCCAGCUCGUGCCGAUCUAACAUCCUGCUGGUCCAGAGACAGCUGUCAGUGGCGGAGAAGGACAUCAGCGAGUUCCAGCGGGCGCUGAAGAGCUACGCCGACGCCACCGCCGACCGGAGCGACAACUUACAUGUGUCUAUACAGAAGCUUCCGGAGAAAUCCUGCUUCAUAAUGUAUGAGUUCUGGCAGGACCGUCUCUCCUGGAUGAGCCACCUGCAGUCCAACGCCAGCAAGGCCUUCCAGCGCUGCAUCAUCGAUGUGCUGGAGGACCCGGAGGUCGUGACCACCAUGCUGCUUCCAGCUUCCUGGUGGAUAAUGAAUAACAACUGACAACGCUAAGCAGCUGGCGUCACCGGGAGCCAAGACGAGAGCGAGAGGAUUCCAGUCUGCACCAUGCUCGUUCCAGGCCAUUAAGACAUCGUUAAGUGUGUGUGACCGCAUCCUGGACCACGCUGAAGACGCAGAGCAUUCGCUUCCUUUCUCCUUUCCGUUUGUUUUUUGAAAAAUGCAAGAGUGAGAACGGUCUUUACACACGGAUGCGUACGGUACGCUUUCAAAAGGCCAAAACCUGUUUGAGUUUAAGUCUUGAAGUUAGUUUUUUGAACAUCUCCAUUCCAGGCACAAACAAAUUCAGUUUGUGAAUUUGACACCUUUGUUAUGAGGCAUUUGGAUCUGUUUGAUGGCAGAAGACAUUUUCUAGGAUAGGUCAGUACCAUCCAUACAGGAAGAAAAAGCAUCAUGCAGGCGCGACAAUGAUACUGUACAUUAACAAUCCUAAAUAGCAUGAUUGCUGUUUGUGUCAUUAUGGCUACUUUUUUUAUUGUUGAAGCAAAGAGGUCUGAGGAAGAAUUCAGCUCACCAUGAGAUCUGAAUGUAGGGACUUAUGGCCAUGGUUUUGAAUCAAAUGUAACCUGGAACAGGCACUAUAUGAUAACUGCACCAGUCUAAAUACAGCUCUGUAAAUGAGGUUAUAGAAUAUGCAAGAUGUAAAAUAGUAUGCAUUUUAUGUCACUCUGUGCAAUGCGUAUUCACCGCUGAGGAACAGCAUAGCAACAACGAUAUCUUAGCUUGGUAGCUAGCAGCUUCUGAUAACAGAGCGACACCAAGUAUUAUGCACAUUUCAACUUUGCCUAACCUGUUUUCUGUUCUCUAUUGUUGACAUAUAGCUAAUCAGAAUAAAAUGAUGAUCUUUCCUGUUAAGAACACCUCAUGAAAUAUAUUGAUUUCUGUGCUUAGAGAUUUUACAUUCAUUUAACUUGUUAAGUGAGUUCUGUGUCCUAAAUAUGAUUAGAUUGUGUAGGCGCUGCUUCAGAAUUUCCCUUCCCUUCUGACAGAGAUGUUUUCUGUACGGGGACUGUUUGUGUAUUAAUUACAAAAUUCAGAGCAUGGCUGUGUGCACACAUUAAGUUGGCUGAUCAGUACACUGCUUCACACUACCGUCAGCUUAACAACAGAGUUUUCUCAAAGGACAUAGAUCUGAGGUUUAAGUGUUCUGUUGAGUAGAUUGUUAUCUGGAUGAAGAUGUUCGAUGCCCUCACAUCUCACAGUUGGUAUUGUGUCAGACAGCACAACUAUGAAAAGUAAAUGUAAUUAAGCUCAUAACCUUUGGGCCAGUGCUGGUUUAGCUGUAGCUAUGGCUCUGACACGUUUUUCUCCCGGUUAAAAAUAGGGACUCCUAACACUGCAUGUUUGUGUGAUCUCUGUGAAAGCACCAUGGCAUUGUAACACUUGUUCUGUACGUAAUGAAUCAUCAGCAGUCUUUUCGGUUACCUUAGAAUCACCAUUGCCGACAACUAAUCCAGAACAUUCUGUCAUGAGGUACAACAAUUGACUGUCCUUGAUGGCAGCUGCAAAUUGACCCGUCAAAAAUGUUACCUUUGCUUGCAUAUUUACUUAAGACAUUACCUGUUGAAGCCAUCAUGUUCAAUGCACAUCUGUUGCUUUUUUUUUUCUUUCUUUUGUCCCUUGUAACUUAAGGUUUUAAUGAACAUGACUAAAAAAAAUUGUCAGGACGUGAAGUUAAUAAAGGUAAAUGUUUUGAAAUGCA